AUUUCUGGGGUCCCUAUAUGUCCAAGAAGUGCGAUUUCCAUAUUAGCUCAGCACAGACAAACAUUGUCUUUGUGUCUACAUUUUAAUUUUCCAGUGUGAUCAGAACCUGAGAAAGAGAGAGAGGUCCAAUGGCGACCAGAUACUGGGUAGUGUCUCUUCCCGUCCAAAAUUCUGCAUCAACACUCUGGAACCAAUUGCAGGAGCAAAUCUCCAAACACUCUUUCGACACUCCUCUUUACAGAUUCAACAUUCCGAAUCUCCGCGUCGGAACCCUGGACUCUCUCCUCUCUCUCAGCGACGAUCUCGUCAAGUCGAACAGUUUCAUGGAGGGAGUGUCGCACAAGAUCCGGCGGCAGAUUGAGGAGUUGGAGAGGGUUUCGGGCGUGGUGAGCAGUGGUUUGACGGUGGAUGGAGUCCCCGUUGAUUCUUACUUGACGAGAUUCGUUUGGGAUGAGGCCAAGUACCCGACUAUGUCGCCUUUGAAGGAGAUCGUGGAUAGCAUUCAUGGUCAAGUGUCAAAGAUUGAGGAUGAUCUCAAGGUUCGUGUUUCUGAGUAUAACAAUAUCCGCAGUCAGCUUAAUGCCAUCAACCGCAAGCAAAGUGGAAGCUUAGCUGUCCGAGAUCUUUCUGGAUUAGUUAAACCUGAGGAUAUUAUAACUUCAGAACAUUUAACCACCCUUCUUGCAAUUGUUCCCAAGUACUCACAGAAGGAUUGGCUCUCAAGCUAUGAAACACUGACCACCUACGUGGUCCCCAGGUCUUCCAAGAAGUUGUAUGAGGAUAAUGAGUAUGCACUUUAUACUGUAACACUCUUCAGUCGUGUUGCAGACAAUUUUAGAACCAGUUCACGAGAAAAGGGGUUCCAAAUUCGUGAUUUUGAAUACAGUCCAGAAUCACAUGAGAGUCGGAAACAGGAGUUGGAGAAAUUGAUGGGAGAUCAGGAAAGUCUGAGGGGUUCUCUGUUGCAAUGGUGUUAUACUAGUUACGGAGAGGUUUUCAGCUCCUGGAUGCACUUCUGUGCUGUACGUGUUUUCACUGAGAGCAUUCUGAGAUAUGGUUUGCCACCAUCUUUCUUGGCAUGUGUUUUAGCUCCAUCAGUCAAAGCUGAGAAGAAAGUACGUUCUAUUCUUGAAGGAUUGAGUGAUAGCACAAACAGUGCAUACUGGAAGACCGAGGAUGAAGUUGGAGUUGGGGUGGCUGGUCUAGCUGGGGAUACUGAUGCCCAUCCUUAUGUCUCUUUCACCAUCAAUCUUGUUUGAGUGCUCCCAGAAACAAGUCAUGUCUCCUUUCAAUGUUCGCGAAGGAUUCCUUUGGACAGUAAUAAAGCUAGAAAGGGAUCGAAUAUAUUGUUUGUACAUUAGCUUCUUGUUCCAUUCUUUUUUAUUUGUUAUAUAUUUUAUUUAUAAUUUGGACAUCCAAGGUUCCGCAUGGGUAUGGUAAUUUAAGUGCAGUUUUGUGGUACUAGGUUGAUAUGUAGUUGCUUAUAUGUUGAGUUGUUUCAUUAUCAUGCUAUUUGAGAGGUUUAGAAUCGUGGUAUUAUCCGGUCAGAAUAUCAACAAAACAUUAUAUGUUGCUUUUGUUAUUUCUUUAUUUUAAGUUAUUUAAUUACUUUGAUCUGAUC